AUCGAUAUAAACAACGUUACUAUCCCACAUUCCACACUAAGCGUUGCAAUGCACGGUCGAAAAAAUGGAACAUCUAUGCGAAUUACGUCGAAAUUCACCACAUCCAGCAGAAAAUCGGUUAUACAGGGAACCAAAAACUUCGUUUGGGAGCGUGAAGAUCUCUCCUCCAACCUGCCCUAUAUCGACCACAGGUACGACAUUCCGUUUAACCGUCCACCGAAUGAGGUCAACUUCCUGGGUGGACUUGGCAGUAAGAAGCCUCACUUUCGAUCCAAGGUGCACCCUCAAAGAGUGUCCACCGUGCAGAAGCUAAUGCGUAUGCGAACUUCGAACCGAGUACUGGAAACCCUCACAGAAGACCUACGGAAGGUGAACAUGUGUCGGCAUGGUAACGAGGCACGGGUGCAGGAUCGCAAUAUUGGGGCAUUCAUCAGGAAAACAAUAGACGAACUUCAGCUGGCAGGAAAUGUCGAAAAAUCGACUCCUUCGGAGCAAUCGGAAGUGCAGUUCAAGGCUAGCUCUCGCAAAAACUUAUCCGAUGAUGAUUAUAAGGAAAUGAUAAAAAAGUUGGACAAAAUGUUGCUGGAAGAGCAUUGUCCCAGUGCUAGUCAGGGCACUGCAUUUCGCGAUUGGGCUACAAGAGAAAGGUACAACUUUAAAAACAAAAGUAAUAUCGCUAUAAUUAAGCGUGAAAAAGAAACUUUGGAGUCUGAACUAGGAUCUUCGGUGGAUACUAAACCACACGACUAUAUUACCAAUGAAGGCAGAAGGGUUACUAAACUGCGCAAAACAUCGAAGAUACCCCACAUAGAAGGACACAUGUAUGGACCAUUUACUAAACUUCCCCGAUUAGAUCCGUUGUUGGAAAGCGAAACCAAGUUUGGAAUCCCCUUGAGUUUGCUCGUUCGUUCCUAUCGGGAAAUGGAUUCGGCCAAAGAAAGUGAGCGAAAUCUCAUCAAUACUAGACUGGCGCACAUGAGAAUACCGCUUUGCCCGAAGAGCAGCGACGAAUCGUCCGACGACGACGAUAAAAUGGAGGAGGUGAAAAUUCUAUCCUUCCUUCGCACUCCAUACUUUCGUAUUCCAACCAUUCGCACGCAGCGAAAGCGCCGUAAAGAUCGCCUUCGAAGUCGCUGGUUGAAAAAAGAUCGUCUCAAACGAAUUACUAUGUUGUUGUACGACCGCACAGGGGAAAAUAUGAAAACGAAGAAACAAAACAUUCGACAAAAGUCGGAUGUGAAAUCAGUUGGAGGAUGCUCGACAGAGGAAAAAAACACAACCGCUUCGAAAAAUGCUUCCGAAGCAAAGGCACAUACAUCGGAGAAGCGUAAACGCUAUUACGAAUUAAUAGCAGAGAAGGCUCUAGAAUACCGCCAAUUAUACGAUGAGAGUCUACAACAGCGGAUGACCAACUUUCAGGAUUUUAAAACUCUCGAACCAACUCAAACCACAAGCGAUGUCCGCUCGCAGAUUCGGCUUCCGAAGCUGGACAGUCCGGAAGAGCCCCAUCAAACACCGGAAAAGGCAGAACUGCGCUUUCCUUCCAAUCGUUUUAAAAGCUUAGUCAGAAGCGAUGGUUUACUCGGGUCGUUUUAUAUUGAUCCGGAAUUUCAGGAUAAGGCGAAAAAUUUGAAAAAAUACAAAACACACUCCAAGUACUACACAAGUCUGAUGCGCAGCCGCACUAACGUGCGCGAUCGGUUGCAGGUCAACGCACCAGAUUUUGACGAAGAGCAACUCGGAUACAAAACGAAAUACUUCAACCGUCUCGCUACUGAGUGGGACAACUACUACAUACACGAGCUCCGCUACCGGCCUCGAAUCAGAAAGUUUUGCCCAAAAACAGAUAUCCUCAACAUACGCGAUCAGCGUCGUAAAACCUUUUUGCGUUACUACAUUGCGGAAAGUUUAUUAAAGAUCCGCGAGAGAAAUCGGCUGGAGCGAAAAUUCGCCAAAUGGAUUCGUGGUUUUUGUAAGCAAACGAAACCACUCUUCAAAAAAUGGAAGGAUGACGCUUACAACAAAGUUUUGGAGAUGUCCGACCGUGAGAAGGCAGCUCAGCAGGAAACUCGACGGUUACAAAAUAUUUUACAGGACAGACAGAACCAGUCAGCAGCGUUGACGGAACAGAUUCUACUGCUUGAGGAACGGUGGACGAAGAUUAUGCAGAUGCGGAACUAUUAUUACCUUCUAAUGGACCCACUGUGGAGACUGCAAAACGAUCAUCUUCAUCGUUCUGCGGACGGAUCGCUCUGCUCUGUAUCUGAAAGUGUACGUAAAUGUAAAACGCUCUUCAUUCGUACGGAAGGACCCAACAUUGGCACAGAAAUUUCUGCCUUCUACACUGAGAAAAUCUUCCCGGAACUGAGAGAACAACCGAACUGUACGCCGGAGGUGGAACUAUUCAUGAACGGUCUAAACAACAUAAACCAUCGUACUAUUGAUCUGAUCCAAAAAUUCAACAACAAUUUAAUGGUUUUCACUCGAAUAGACUACCACUACAAGGUAGUUCUAGAUGAGUUUCCCAGAUAUUUUAGCAAUCAUAACUACAUGUUGGAUAUGUACAAAAAGAAGUUAGAGACCGUGGAGCGAAAAAAUGAGGGCUUGAAAGCUCAAAUGAAUUACCUGCUGGGGGAACCGCUGAGAAAAUGCGUUGGAAACAAAACCAUGCGAGUGGCGUCAUCCAUUAUUAGUCAACUGUACGACUUCAUUCGAAAAUCUCAAAACCUCGGCAAAGAAAUAGUUGAAGUAAGCAGUAUGGAAAAAUUAUCCAUAAUUCACCAAUUUUUUGUGGAUCAGCUAGCUAAUCUGGAUCAACUGCCAUUGGAUAUACUAAAGGCGUCGGAGCUAGAAGCUCGCAAAAAUCGGAAGCUUGCCCUGCGCCAAGCAAAUGAUGCCUACAAGCGGAAAGAAGUGUUCGAUUUGCUGAAAAAGCAGCUUCGAUUGCAUGUGAAAAAGUAGUGUAAUGAAGGAUUGAAAAGAUUUUUAUUAUCCACAAACGAUUUAGCUAUUUUUUUGUUAUACAAAGCUUUAUUUUAUUAGGUGGAAUGAACAAUUUAAUUACGUGAGCUCAAAGCAGGAUCAUGAACAGAUUAUGUCAGAUAAUGUACCAACCUGACUUAGAGUUAAAGACAUAAUCGCGUCCUAUUCCUCAUUGAAUAUACACAAAAGUUAGAGCAAGGUUUAAUAUGUUUUCACAUAGAAAAAAUAUGCGUGAAGCAUAAUAUAAAGAUUAUCCCAGGAAUACAUUGUUAUAGUUUCAAGCAUAUUAAACAGCUUUCAAAAUCUUUCACCACUAUAAGUACAAACACUCAAGACGCCGCUACUAUUUGUCAAUAAUUUGUUAUUUAAAUAAUUUUUACGAAUCAAAUCAUAAAAAAUAGUAGGAAUAAUAUUUCAUAGCUAAGCUAGGACACCUUCUAAAUCCAGGUUUCAUGCAAUUCUAUGCGAAAUGAUGACUUUAUUUUAUUUAUUUACACAAAACUUUACGCCGUUGCUUGGUUUAAUAGAAACGUCAUUCUAUGCCUCAAAUUAUUGAAUUCAUCCAAGAUCAUGAUUGAUAACAAAUGAAACAUAAAAUCUAGGGGAAAUCUUAGAGUAAAAAUUUGUCUAUUUCAAGAUGGAUAUUGAAGGUGAAACUAUUGAAUCGCUUUUCCAAACCCAUUUAUUGUUAUUAUUUCUGUCGAAGUCCUCUCCAAAAAAGUUGAAGAGGUUGUUUAUAAGACACGACCGCAGAGUUAAUGUAGAAUACGACCUGUCUAAAGUGUAUUUCUUGCAAAAGAUUUGGGAAUACACUCAAUGGGGAUAAUCAAUUUAAUGGUCCUCGUGUAGCUACACUGCGAAAAUGAAUUCCACCAGAGUAAAUUCGACCGGCACGAGCAACGCAGUCUAUUUUUUUUUUCUCCCAAUCUUUUUUCCUCUUCUGCCAUGCUCAAGAAACCAACUGUGAAUCGCACCGCAGAUCUCUGCUCCAGAUGACGUUUACCACUACAGACGGCACCGGUAACGACAAUGAUCAACAGCAGAAGCUAUGUGCAGCUAUGCAGUUUCACUUGCUGUCGUAUCCAAAACAAGAAUAAAAUUAAAUGUGGUGAAUGUGUUGAAUCUUUUGUAUCAAGUUGCACUGAGAUAGCUUAAUUUAGGCAGAGGGUCAAUAAUGCAUUCCCGGUUAACUGUAGAUAAUUUUACAACUGAUUGCUGCAAAUAGUAGGACUUGAGCGAAAAAUUAUGUG